AUGCAACAGGAUGCCCGACUGGAGAGUGUCGGUGAAGCUACAAAAGCAACAGAAACGCAGCUGGAAGAACAGGAGACGGCGACGAAAACAACAACAAUCCGCACUGCACGAUUUCGUCGCAGGACUAGCAGCUCUUCCAGCGAUUUCACAGACUCCUCCACCAGCUCCAGCAGUACCAGCACUAGCAACAGUAGCAGUGAUGUGGAAUCCAAAAGCAGUAGAAGUUGUGCUAAAACAACAAAACUCCCACCCGCACUCCAAUUGCCCUUGCCUGAGGGAACUGCCGACGGCGAGAAAACAAGCGCAGCGAGCUCUUCCGACUCCAGUGCACCGGUUACACCUGUGGAGGUGCCUGUCGAUCCGCAUGCCUGGUCCACAGAGGACAUUGCCAGCUGGGUGAAGUGGCUGACACGCAAGUUCAAAAUCGAACCAGAGCCAGAUAUUACGAGGUUCCCCAAGGAGGGUGCCGAUCUUUGUCAGCUGAGUCGCGCCGACUUUUGGGUCUGUGCCGGAUCGAGGCGUGGUGGCAUGCUCCUGGCCAAGCACUUUGCCUUCACUCUUUACCAUGCCACGGGACGGGAGACAAGCCCCAUGCGCAAUGAGAAUGAGCCAAAUCCGUAUCAGCUUUUGAACGCUGCCUCGCACCGAUUGGUCGCUCAGGGCUCGGGUGGCCAAAUACAAUUGUGGCAGUUUCUGCUCGAGCUGCUCGCUGAUUCGUCGAAUGCCAAUUGCAUUAGCUGGGAGGGGCAAUCGGGCGAGUUCCGCCUCAUUGACCCCGACGAGGUCGCCAAACGUUGGGGAGAGCGCAAGGCCAAGCCGAAUAUGAAUUAUGAUAAGCUAAGCAGAGCUUUGCGCUAUUACUACGACAAGAAUAUUAUGACCAAAGUCCAUGGCAAACGGUAUGCCUACAAGUUCGACUUUCAUGGCUUGAUGGCCGCUUGCCAGGCACAGGCGCAGGGUUGUGAUCCCACCGCCAAUAUGCUAAGUUCCUAUAAGCACCAUCAGCACAUAAGCUCGCAGCAUACUCUGCAGCAGCAGCAACAGCAGUUGCAGCAUCACCUCACCCAGCAUCAUCAUCACCAUCACUCACACCUCGCCCCCCACGCACACCCGCAUCAGUUCCUUCAUCAUCAUGCGGGCACGGAGCUCACUUCGCCCGCCUCUACAAGCUCCAGUCUGGGAUUUCCAUCCCCGUCGGCAGCUUCAUCGCACCCAUCGCCCAGCAAUGUGCCGCCGGUCUUUGCGGCCCCAUACGCCGGUGAAGCAACACGAGCAGCUCAGGCAGGGACAGCGGCAGCAGAAGCAGGUGCAGGCGCCUCCAACUAUGAUCAGCAGCAGCGCACUCCGCCCAGUAAUGCAUUUAAUUGA